UGUUCAACAAACCCUCACUCAAAUCGGAACAUAAGAAGAAGAAGCAGACAGACAUGAACUCAUCUCUCUUAACUCCUUCCUCUUCUUCUUCUUCUCCUCACCACCUCCAAUCUCCUGCGACGUUUGACCACGAUGACUUCCUCCAAAACUUCUUCUCCUCGGCUCCUUGGCCUUCCUCCGCACUCGACGACGACGCUCCUCCCCCUACCUCUGACUCCUCCCUCGCUGGCUUUCAUCAUCACGACGUUGAUUCAAGAAACCAGAUCACGAUGAUUCCUUUGUCUCACCACAAUCCAAACGACGCCGUUGAUGUUAACGCUAUCUACAGUGGCUUCUCCGCUGGAUCUCUUCCUUUCCACUUCCCUCAGGGAUCCGGAGGAGGAGUUAUGAAACAAAGUCACACACAAACGCAGUCUCAGGCGACGGCGUCAACCACCACCGGGGGUACGGCGGCGACGCCUCAGACUAAGCCUAAAGUCCGAGCUAGAAGAGGUCAAGCCACUGAUCCUCACAGUAUCGCAGAACGGUUACGAAGAGAGAGAAUAGCGGAAAGGAUGAAAUCUCUUCAAGAACUUGUCCCUAAUGGCAACAAGACAGACAAAGCAUCAAUGCUCGAUGAGAUUAUCGAUUAUGUCAAAUUCUUACAGCUCCAAGUCAAGGUACUAAGCAUGAGUAGAUUGGGAGGUGCAGCUUCUGUUUCUUCUCAAAUCUCUGAGGAUGCUGGUGGGUCCAACGAAAACACCUCCGGGGAGAAUCAGACGACGGCGAAAAUGACGGAGCACCAAGUGGCAAAGCUAAUGGAAGAGGACAUGGGAUCAGCCAUGCAGUACCUACAAGGCAAAGGUCUCUGCCUCAUGCCCAUAUCCUUAGCCACCACCAUCUCAACCGCCACUUGUCCUUCCCGUAAUCCUCUGAUCUCAGCCGUUAAAGAAGCCGGCGUUCCUUUGUCUCCUAACGCAGCUACUACACCAGUCGUUAACGUUAAAGGUGCCUCGGUGGUGACAGUUAAAGACGCUUCAUCAGUUUCCAAGCCGUGAUAACGGCGGUUUAAAUCUUAUUAACUUUCCUUUUUUCGGGAGUUAGGCUGAGUGGGAAACAGAGACAAUGAAAAGUGGGAUAGGUGGUUUUGGUCUAAGUCUAGAAAGAAUAAGGGGUUGCGUUUUGGAAUACAAGACCGUAUUUGCGUUCACUUUGUUUCUGUCUUUUACCUACUACAAACCACUAUCAAUGGCACACUCAUGCUUUCUCUUUGUUA